AUGAAUAGAAAAGCAUUUGCUUUAUUCUUUCUUGUGUUGAUAUGUGCACAAUUAUUUAUUGAUGUUGCUGAUGCAGCAGCUAAAAAACCUAAAAAGAAAAAGAAACCACAGAGACCUCUAGCUUUGGAAGCAGAUAAGAGAAUGUUUUUAAAGAACAAUCUUGAUUUCAUCAAUGAAUAUAUCUCGCCAGUCUCUACACCUUUCCGAGAUAGCGAAGGAAAUGGUAUUGGUCUGACCGAAUUUUUUAAAGCGAUGGUCGUAGGUUUCCUGGCGUUCGAUCCAGUAACUGCCGUUGCUGCAGUAUUUAUCGAUUCAAUCUGGUCUGCCUUUAUCGAAAACAAUUCCGAAGAUAAAAACGAUGCUAUCACUCGUGCCUACAUUCAAAUGGUGAAGGAGAUAGUCGACCAAAAGAUUGAAGUAUACGACCAAUCUAUUAUUUGGGCCGAAUACACGAUCAUCAAUGCCUCCAUUGUUUCCUUCAAGGACUCUGUAGUAGUUUUCAAUGAAGAUCCAUCAGAAGUCAAUUCCGAAGCGGUUCGUACCGAUUUCACGACAUUGGAAAAAGAUCUUCGUGGACGUCUCGAUCCAAAUGGUGGACUGAGAAAGAAGGGUUGGGAACUCUCUGAACUUCCAGUAUUUGCUUUGGCUACCACUCUUUACUUUAUGGCGCAAGUAGAUCUACAGAGAAACGGUGUUACUUGGGGUUUCUCACAGGGCCAACUCGACAAGUUCAAGCGUUACUAUGAUGAACGUAUGGGAUCGUAUCUCCAAUAUGUAAAGGAUACCUAUAAAUCUGGUUAUGAUAAGAUUAUGGAUGCAACUCCCGAAGCAGACCGUGAUACCUCCACUCUGAACAAGAUUAACCGUUAUCGUCGUACUAUGAUUCCACAAGUAAUGGACUACGCUGCUAUAUGGUGGACUUUUAACUCAACUCUGUUCCCCACCACUGCCUAUGGUGAACGUGUCAGAUAUUUGUACUCUGAUGUGCUUGGACAGCCAAUUGACCGUCAAAAAACACCUUCUUUCGACGGAUCCUACUACGAUCCAACACUCGCGCGUCUCAUUGAAAUGGCGGACUAUCUUGAGCGUGAGAGAUACCGUGGUGAAAUUGCCAGUGUUAAGAUUGGCUAUAAAUUGUACGAAUGGAUUUGGAGUAUUCAACCUACCUACGUGGAUGAAACACAGCCCGACAAGAAACGUGUUGGUCUUUCUGUUGGCAAUCCAUCACCUCCAUCUGGAGGUUACGUUUCCAUUGAUAUUCAACGUACUGUCUACAGACCCUCUGGUGUAUUAGUAGUUUGGGAUGUAUUCCCCCAAUUAAUUGAAAUCUAUGAUAAUACAACUCAUCGAGCUGGUGAAGUUAAUUUCAUGGCUGUUCCAUGCUUCGAUAGACCAGGACAAACUUAUUGUAAUACUUAUUAUAAUAAUGGAGGUCAAUUAAACAGCGUCUAUUGGCAAAUGGAUUCACACAAAAUCGGUGAUAUGAUUGGAUGGAGUGAGAACAAAAAGAUUGGUGUCGACGGGCAAUCUGCUCUUGAUGCCUUUCAAGUUGCCUUUGUUCCAAUGGAUGUCUACAGUAACAAUUUGAUUUUGAGGAAUGUAGCAACCGUUAUAGAUGCUCAGAAAUCAAUGAAGUAUAAAAACGCUCUCCUCUUCAAGGACUUUGUCAUGCCAGGUGUCCAUGCUGUCACCGUAUUCGACAAGGGUUAUCUAUCUUUUAUUUUCGAUAGUGACUACAAAGCCAACAAGAAAUUCACAAUAUUUUUACGAGUUCACUCCAAUCAACCAAACGAAGGAAAACUUUCAUUGAAAAGAGGACCAGAUGCAAAAGAUCCGGCAUUGGCAACCUUCACCAUCAAAGCAAAUGUCAGAGACCAAAGCGUCUUCCCAGACACUGCCUACGAAAUUCAAUUACAGCCCGGUGAGACAAAUAACACUUUUUAUUUCGUGGCUACCGGCAAAGGAAUACAACUUCAAUCAAUUGUUUUUAUUCCAAAAUAA